UUUCUCUCUCCCACUACUUUCAGUCAUCAAUCAUCAAUUCAUCAUCUACUCAUCUCUCUCUCCUCCCUUCUGUUCUAUGGCUUCCUCACUCCUAGGACCCGCUCCCGUUUUUCAUAGACUUCGCUCCAAUGAUUCUCGCAUGCCCAAUUGUAGUCCUAAACUCUUCUUCUUCACCAAUCAGAGACAAUUCACUCUUAGAGCAACCGCCCAGCCGAAUGUUCAAGGUGCUUCCGUUUCUUAUGCCAGGGAAAUGGAGCGUCUUUCUGCUAAAGAAUCGCUUCUUAUUGCGUUUAAAGAUUCUGGGGGAUUUGAUGCAUUAGCAACCGGAAAGACAACAGAUAUGCAGAGGAUCGAUGUUAACGAGAGGAUAAUAGCUCUUGAGAGGGUCAAUCCAACUUUACGUCCAACAACAUCACCUUUCUUGGAAGGCCGGUGGAAUUUCGAGUGGUUUGGUUCUGGUACCCCUGGAUUCUUUGCUGCUAAGCUUGUCUUUGAGAGAUUUCCUUCUACAUUAGCUAAUAUAAAGAAAAUGGAUGUGUUCUUGAAAGAUGGAUAUGCGAAAAUCACAACCACCAUGAGAGUGCUCAACUCAAUAGAUAGCAAAUUUGGUAUUUCAAGCAAGUUAUCAAUUGAAGGACCAUUGAGGAUGAAAGAAGAAUAUAUUGAAGGGCUUUUUGAAACACCCAAGAUUGACGAAGCUGCUUUACCUGAACAGCUAAGAGGUGCAUUGAACCAGGCAGUGAGUUCAGUGCAACAACUUCCUCUUCCUAUCAGAGAUGUCAUAGCCAGUGGCCUUAAACUUCCCUUGAGUGGGACUUACCAGAGGCUGUUUUUGAUAUCUUAUCUUGAUGAAGAGAUUCUGAUAAUAAGAGAUACUUCUGGAGUACCCGAAGUUCUAACAAGGUUGGAAGGAUCGCCUCCUCCACUGGAAGCUUCGGCCACAGACUAUGAAAGUUAACUGUCGUCGGCAUUGGACAUUUGGGAAGAGUUUGCACCAAACAUCUCUUGUUAUAUUAUCUUCUUCUUCUUUAUACAUGUCAAUUGUCCAUUUGUCUCUAUGGUAAUUAUAAUAUGACAGAGUUGAUUUCUUUCUAAUAAACUUGAGUUCAAUCAAUUUUUUAUUUAUAAGAAUUAGCUGUUUGAUUCA